CCCUCUUUGGCCCAGUGCGGCCCAGUCCCAGGGCCCCGGAGGAGCCAGCGUCCGGGGGUCUGGCCCGGAGCCACCGAAGCCCAGGCGGACUGGCGGGAGCCGGAGAUCGGAACCCCGGGCUCGGCCAGCCCCUCCCCGGGUACCCCCGCCACCCCCCGGCCCGGCCCCAUGGGCGCCUCCCUGCACGGGGACUGGCACUACCAAUUCCGCAUCGUGGUGCUGGGGGAUGCGGCCGUGGGCAAGACGGCACUGCUGCGGCGCUACGCGGAGGGAGGCUUUGGGCCCGGCCCAGGCCCCACCGUGGGCGUCGAGUUCUACAGCCGCGCCCUCCACCUGCCGCCCGGCCUCACCGUCAAACUGCAGCUGUGGGACACGGCCGGACACGAGCGCUUCAGGUGCAUCACCAGGUCCUUCUACAGGAACGUGGUGGGCGUGCUGCUGGUCUUCGACUCCAGCAACCGCAGCUCCUUCGAGCACAUCCCGGACUGGUACCGGGAGGUGACCUCGGUGCAGGGGCUGGAGAAGGCCAUCUUCCUGCUGGUUGGCCACAAGAGCGACCUGCAGGGGCCCCGCCGGGUGCCGGCCCAUGAGGCGGAGGAGCUGGCGGCCUCCCUGGGCAUGGACUUUGUGGAGGCCUCGGCCAAGACCAACAGCAACGUGAGCCUGGCCUUCGACACGCUGGUCUCCGCCAUCCAGCGGGCGCUGCAGAAGGGGGACAUCCAACUGGGGGGCGGCUGGGACGGGGUGAAGGUGGUUCACAAGGCCCAGGCCCCCGGCCCCCGCAGAGCAGAGAAAGCGCCUGGUCCGUGCCAGUGCUGACCUGGGGCGGAGGGGGGGCCUGGGCACAGAGAGGGCAAGAGUGCCACUGGCCCGGAGUGGGGGGCCCCCAGGGGAGAGGGCCAAGUUUCUGGGCUGCUAAGAACCAGGAAGGACCCAUGCCACCGGAGGGAGAAGUCAUCCACUUGGCAGGCGGGGCCAGCAGCUGGACCCAGCUCUGUGGGGUUGAGCCCCAGUGGAGGUAGCCUGGACUUGCGGCAGGGCCUGGGGAGUCGUGGCAGAGUAGCCCACUGACCCCCAUUCCCCCAUUCCUUUCCCUUUCCUUGAGGAGUGGGAAGCCCCCUCCUACAGGAAGCCUGCCCAGAUUGGCUGGCUGCCACAGCUUCCUAGUAAUCCCAAGCUGUGUGCGGCUCUGUCCUUUGUACAGCUACGGGGCGCUGCCAUUGGCCCGCUUGGGUAGCAGUAUCUGCGUCCUGACUCCUUCAGGGAUCAGGUGAAGAGGAGGAGGGGCGGGGAAGACCAACACGGGCUGCUUCCCAGUAAGGUUUGGACGCUUAUGUUCCCGGUGCUGGGACUGAGCCCAGAAAACCAGAGACGCUUGCUUUCUCCUGAUCCAGAACUGAGCCUCAUCCCGGCUCCUCCCACCCAGCUCGGCUCCCUGGAACCCCUCCUCUUGAGGGCCUGGCUGCAAGCCGGGGGGCCAGAGAAGGCAGGUUGGGGUGACCACGCGAAGCGGGAGCGGGGGAUGACUCAAGAAAGAUAGUCACGUCCGGCCCCUGCUGGGGACCACAACUCUUGCCGCUGCCGCCCCACCAUUCCUGGGGGUUUCCUGCCAGGGUCGGGACCCAGCGUUUCCGAGCCACUGGGCUUGACCCGUCACAGGCCGCACGGAGGGUGGGGGCGACGCCCACAGGGUCCCUCCCGGGUCUCUGCGAGCCUGCGGCACCGCCAGCACUGGCUCCUGUUCUCGCCAGCAGCCACUCACGCUCUCUGCUCCAAGACCCUCGACAUCCGGUGAGCCCGAGCCCCGGAUGGUCCGACCGGGCAUCUGCUGGAGCGCGCCCAUGCUGUCC